AUGAAACUAACAGCGGACACAAAAAGUUACAAAGUAACACCUCAAGGCGCUGUUAAUUUUAUCAGAGUGACAGUAUAUUUAACUUGUAUAUCAUUCCCAUUGACAGAGAAAACCAAAGUGCGCAUUAAUUACGAAAUAAUAUUAUGGCUCUCAAUAUUUUUAUCAAUUUCUCUAUUCGUUCCGUUACUUGCCUCGAUCAUAAAAUACUCAGACGAUACAUUUGUUGUCAUGAAGUCUUUCAUCCUUAUGUCAGCAAUCUCGAAUUAUGUUAUCAAGGUCAUUAUUGUGAGAAUUUAUCAUAAAGAACUACAGCAACUUGGAUCAGCAUUAGAUGAGUUUAUAAAAAAAGCCAAUGAGAGUGAAAAGGUAAUUCUGCAAAAAUAUGUUGAUAACACCUGGAAAUUUCAUGGAUUUAUGACAUGUAGUUACUAUUUGACUACAACUGCUGUUAUUUUGGGACCGUUAAUUUUGCCGCAGAAAUUUCCUACCAAUGCAGUGUACCCGUUUCCGGUGGAUAAUCGAAUUAUUUCAAUUAUGGUUUACUUGCAUCAGUGCAUUGUUGGAUAUCAGUGUUCGGCUGGAAUGGCUUUGGAUUGUCAGGCUGCUUUAUUUAUGUGGUAUCUGAGUGUCAGAUUCGAAAUAUUGAUUUCAGAAGCAAAAAAUGUGUGGAGUAUUGAUGAAUUGCGUACCUAUGUUAGGAAACAUCAGAAAGUCCUUUUAUAUGCUGAAGAAUUGAUCCGGCCAACACGAUUGAUAGCUUUUGUGACGGUGGUAAUGACCAAAAUUGGAAUGAUUUUUGGUGGGAUAGUUUUGAUAUCAGAUGAACCUGUGGUAAUUAAAAUCCAAUUUGCAAUAUUGGUAAUCAGUACAACGAUAAAUAUUUAUGUGUGCGCUUGGGCUGCAGAUAAUUUAAGAACUGUCUCAAGCACCGCGAUGUCAAAUGCAAUCUUUGAGAUAUCAUGGACGCAUGGACCAAAACUGAGAAAUCUCUUGCAAACUAUAAUCCACAGAACUCAAAAACCCGUUGUUAUCAACAUCCCUGGUCUUCUUGAAACCUUAUCCAAUGAAUAUUACGCUCAGUUUCUCUCAACAGCAUUUUCCUGCUUCGCAGCAGCACGAGUCGUCGUCAGUUCCUGA